AUGUUUAUUAAGUUGGUGACUGGUGAGUGCAACCUCAAUGAGGUUUGCGCUUACGCGCCGCAAGCGGGCUUGGAUGAGGAGGUUAAGAGGCACUUUUGGGAGGGUUUGGACGAGAUUGUGCGCAGUAUUCCACCUACUAAAAGGUUAUUUAUUGGAGGGGAUUUUAAUGGCCAUAUUGGGUCAGCUGCUGGUAGUUAUGGCGAGGUGCAUGGCGGCUUUGGCCUUGGGGUUAUAAACGGAGGAGGUACUUCGCUGUUAGACUUCGCCAAGGCUUUCGAGAUGGUGAUUGCGAACUUGACUUUUCCGAAGAGGGAGGAGCAUCUGGUUACUUUCCAAAGUUCGGCGGUGAAGACUCAGAUUGAUUACCUUCUCCUCAGAAGGUGUGAUAGAGGUUUGUGCAAGGAUUGUAAGGUUAUCCCAAGAGAGACCCUCGCGACUCAGCAUAGGCUCUUAGUGAUGGACGUCGGCAUUAUGAUGAAGAGGAAGAAGAGGUAUGCUCAUGGCCGACCGAGGAUUAGAUGGGGAGCUUUAACCAAGGAUAAUGCCCAGGAGUUGGAUGGGAGGUUAUCCGCUAUGGGAGCUUGGAGACGCGAGCACUAUGUGGUCAACGAUGGCGAACUAUGCGAGGGAGGCGGCAAGAGAGUCCAAGGUAAAGUGGAGGCGAAGAAGGUAGCGUACACGAAGUUGGCAGGAAGCACAAGCGAGGAGGAGAGGAGAGCGAAUAGAGAGAGGUACAAGGUGGCAAGGAAGGAGGCAAAGUUGGCGGUCACGGAGGCUAAGAAUGCAGCGUUUGGCCGCCUAUACGAGGAAUUGGGGGAGAAAGGCGGGGACAGGAAGUUGUUUCGGCUGGCUAAAGCGAGGGAGAGGAAGGCCCGGGAUCUGGACCAAGACGAAGAGGAUGCCGGAGGAGUGGAGGUCGAGUACAGUAGUACCGUUGUACAAGAACAAAGAUUUCCUGCCUGUGGCCCCGUCCAACUGCUGGGCCCUAAUUCCUGCUGGCCCAGAUUGGCUCCUAUGAUUGUGUUGCUAGGUUGUGGCCCUGACAGCUGUGCAGCACUUGUCUUUGUUGGCAGAGGGUGGCUGCCAUGA